AUGCACCGAGCUGCCCUCCUCAUCGCCGCUUGCGGUCUCGCCAUCCAGCAAAUCGAAGCCGCUACUUGCCCACCGCUAGCCGAUCCAGACCGUAUAGCACUAGGCGCACCCGACUCCGUCAACUUCGACCCGCCAAAGUGCACCACUGCCGGGGAAUUCUGCUACGACGUCGGCAUCGCAUUGUGCUUUUUUCCUGCCCGAUGCCCCACGCUGGACCCUGCAGCCGGACUGGUCAAAAUAGCGGCGAGCACCCCCGACAAGACCACCGACCCAGCCAACUGUACCACCGAUGGAGAGAAGUGCUAUAACGACGGAACCGCCGAUGGUUGCUACGCGCCGCCCACGACGACAAUGUUGACCACCGCUGCCACAUCCGAGGCGACUGGCAGCACCGCCGCCACCGGAUCGACCACCGCCACCGGAUCGACCACCGCGUCCGGCGAGUACACCGGAAGCUGUGUGGAUUCCAACACCAACUGCGCGACUUGGAUCAAGAACGGUUUCUGCAACAACAACGCCUACACGACGCUCCAAAAGGGACAGUACUGUGCUAAGUCUUGCAACCUGCAGCCGGCUUGCGCUGGAGGUGGCGGCGGUGGUGGUGUUGUCACCGGAUGCAGCGACGAUAGCGCCAAG